GCGGUCUCCAUCUGUCAAACUGACACUGUACUAGUCAACAAUAAUGCCGAGACGGACAAAAGAUCUCUGUACUUGAGGAUACUAAAGGCAGGUCUGCUGAGGAUGAUGAGCAGCCUGCCCCAGUUAGCACCCUGGAAGCUCCGCCCGUCCGUCCGCUGUGCGCCUCCUCAGCUCUCAUUCAAAACACAACACAGCUGUUGCGAGACGCACUGUUGUGCUGCGGAGCGUUGUGGUUUAUAGAAAACUGCGAAGCGCCGUCCUCUGAUGUGCCCGCUGGAAUACCAUCAGACGGAGACAGAGGAAAACGGGGCAUUUCGGCUGCAGAAGCAGACCUCUGAGAAGGAGUGGACCCGAUAGAGACAGAGACAAGAGAAUACAGAGAAACGAGCAGCUUCCCCUCUGGCACUAUGCGCAUCUGACACACAUCUACUAGAGAGGCCGAGCAGGCUUUACUGCAGCUGAGAGCGAUGACUGGUCUCCUGCGUUGAAGCUCGAUGGUAUGGGAAUGAUGGACCUCCCCAAUGGCCAAUCAAGCAUCUCCAACACAGCUGCAACAGCCUCUGAGAAGAGCAGCAGCUCAGAGUCUCUCAGCGAUAAAGUCUCUUCCGAGCUGAAGAAGAGUUUCGACGCUGUCGUGUUCGACGUGUUGAAGGUCACUCCCGAGGAGUAUGCGGGCCAGAUCACCCUCAUGGACGCUCCUGUGUUCAAAGCCAUCCAACCAGACGAGCUUUCUAGCUGUGGCUGGAACAAGAAAGAGAAGCACAGCUCCGCUCCGAAUGUCGUGGCCUUCACCCGCAGGUUCAAUCAGACAAGUUUCUGGGUGGUAAGAGAGAUCCUCCAUGCUCAAACGCUGAAGAUCCGAGCCGAAGUGCUGAGUCUGUACAUCCGCACUGCCAAGAAACUGUGUGACAUGAACAACCUCCACGCUGUCAUGGCGGUGGUGUCAGGGUUACAAAGUGCGCCCAUCUUCAGGCUCACAAAAACGUGGGCGCUACUGAGUCGAAAGGACAAGUCUACGUUUGAUCGGCUCGACUACCUGAUGUCCAAAGAAGACAACUACAAACGUCUGAGAGACUUCAUCAGCAGCCAGAGCAUGGUCUCUUGCAUACCAUACCUAGGGAUGUACCUAUCCGACCUGACCUACAUCGACUCGGCCUACCCGUCCACAGGCAGCAUAUUGGAGAACGAGCAGAGGUCCAACCUGAUGAACAACAUCCUCCGAAUCAUUUCGGACCUGCAAAGAUCCUGCACCUACGAUAUCCCAGUGUUGCCUCACAUCCAGAAGUAUUUGAACUCUGUCAGGUACAUCGAGGAGCUGCAGAAGUUUGUGGAGGAUGAAAAUUACAAGUUGUCUCAGAAGAUCGAGCCAGGCACCAGCACCCCUCGAGCCAACGCCUCCAAAGAGGAUCUGGUUGGUCAGGAAGCGUCGUCCUCCCCUCUCUGUGGUCGUAAGGGGUCCGUAGCGGCCGACGUCCCCGCCACUCCUCCGUCCCCCAGGAACCUGCUGCCCUACGGACACAGGAAGUGCCACAGCCUGGGCUACAAUUUUAUCCAUAAGAUGAACACAGUAGAGUUUAAAAGCGCCACAUUUCCCAACGCUGGCUCCCGUCAUCUUCUGGAUGACAGUGUGUUGGAGAGCCACAGUCCCAGCAGGGGACAGGCAGAGAGCUCAACUCUGUCCAGUGGCAUUUCGCUCGGGAGCAGUGAGGGCUCCGAGCUCAGUGAAGAGAUGUCUUGGCCAGCUUUUGAGAGGACUCGGUUCUAUCACUCUCUGGGCCCAGUGACCCGUGUGGCCCGCAUCCCGUACAGAGGAGUCCUGAGGCCCAGCAGCUCAGCUGAGUCGGAGGAACUUGCCGUUCACCUUUACCCCGGAGCCGUCACCGUCCAAGGGGUGCUGAGGCGGAAGACCGUGCUCAAAGAGGGCAAGAAACCAACCGUGGCAUCUUGGACCAAAUACUGGGUGGCGCUUUGUGGAACUCAGCUUUACUACUACCCUGCCAAGUCCCUGAAGGCCACAGAGAGGAAGCAUUUUAAGUCCACGUCUAGCAAGAGCGUGUGCGUGGUGGGUCUGAUGGCCAUGAUGGCCGACGAUCCGGAACAUCCUGACGUCUUCUUGCUGACCGACUCUGAGCACGGUAACACGUACAAGUAUCAGGCAGGAAACAGGAUGAACGCUUUGCUCUGGUUCAAACAUCUUAGUGCUGCCUGUCAGAGCAAUAGGCAACAGGUACCAGCCAAUCUGAUGUCAUUUGAGUGAGCGGACGGUGGGAAGAGAGGGAUGAGGAAGCGAGGAGGACAAGGAAGUGGAAGCUUUCACUGCCAUGAGCCCCGAUAGACCGACUCUCACCCCACUCCAACCUCACCGCAGCCUCACCUGCCACUACUGCCUUAACCAGAGUUCCUAGUUGUGUCUGUGUGUGUGAGCGCAGGUCUGUGUGGAGACAAGCGACCGCUUUGGAUGUGCUGACCACUGAACAAGGACCUGCACCACUGCUCCCGACUCCCACUCGCUCUCUGUGUCUUUUGUUCAGCACUCCAGCGGAGCCCUUACACUUUCCCCCUCCCCAACACACACACACACACACACGCAUUCAUACUUCAACAUCUGCAGCUUCAUUAGUAUUCUUUCUGAAGAGGCAAGCUCAUUUUAAUCACGUCUCCUUCCAGCUUUCGUUCGGUCAGAACACGCUCCAGAGCCAUUUUUACUUGAUUAUUACAGUUUUAGUUGCUUGUUUUUGCUCAACUAUUACUUGGAAUCACACACACGUAACGUCCUGUUGUCACAUCGGUGUGAACGUAAGGGCUCCAGCUUCUGCAGGAACAAUUCCCUCCUUUCCUGAGUGUGUACAGUUUUUAGUGGGGAACUUGCCCUUGUUUUUCUGUCAUUUACUGAAUUUACUAGAUGUUUGUACAACUGCAUCAGGGCGAGUGGAGCUUCUUUAGAUUUUUCACAAAUCUCGUCUGUGGUCCACAGUGGUACGAUAAACCCAGAAUCUAAGCUAAGUUCGCGGUUGGACGGAUGCUUUCCAGGUUUUUUUUUUUUUUUUAAUUAAUUAAUUAUUAUUCCAAUGUUUUCACCAGAGAGGAAAUGCUGCGUUUCCUGGACUCGCGCAUCCAAAACACUAAAGACUUGAAGCUGUGAAAAGUCCAGGAGGGAAAGAAACAAGAACUAAUGACUCGUGAUUUUAUCUCCUCUGUUCCCCUCUGGCCCAUUUGGUUUGUUGAAGCCUCCGUUCUGGAGCAGACACUCGAAGCUACCCGGAGCCAUACAGAGUCUGUUUUUAGGCUGUUUUUUUUUUUUUCUGUGUUCGGUAUAUGUUUUUGUUUUUUUCUUCUGGGAGAGAGGGAUGGUGCAGUUCACAGUAUUACUGUUGCCCAGCAACGUGGGUUUGUCUGUUACAUACGAAUGGUUUUUUUUUUUUGGUUUUUUUUCUUUCUACUUUUGGAAUAUUUUCUUUGAACCCUUUAUUAUUGAUGUGGGAAAUUUUCAGAAAAAAAUAGAUUUUUUUUGUCCGUUUCAACCAGUCCUGGCUCAGUUUUAGGCUCCUAUCGAAGUGGCGUCGUGGGUGGAGAAAAGGAAACCUCGUAGGUCGCGAUUAGUGCCAAGUGAUGUCAGCCUCACCACUUUUUUUUUUUUUUUUCCCCCCUUCAGGUUGAUGAGACAUUGAAGGGUUAUCAGCUAAAGUCUGUGGGCCGCAGAAAUCCUAAUGUGAAAACACGAGCAGAACCUGGUAGAGAAGAGGAGGGCGGAGUGAUAUUCAGAAACGGCAAAUCAUUUUACGAACAGGUGUUAGUUUACAUUGUACUGGUGCAUCUCGGUAAAUUAGAAAAUUGUCAAAAAGUUGGCUUGUUUCAAUUGAAAUUGUAAAAUAAUGUCUGGCACUCCUUCUGGAUCGCUUCCAAACUCUUUUCCUUCCACUAAACCUUCCUUAAUCUGCCUGGAUGCUCAUGUGAACGACCAGCUUCUUUAACGGUAACUUUGUGUGGCUUACCCGACCUGAGCAGUAACCGUUUCCAUUAGCUAGAAGCUACGUUUGUUCAAAUUAACAGAAAUUAAAGCCUGCCACUUAUUGCACCGUUCAUAAUAAAUCUAUAUAAUAUGAGUUAUACGUCACUGAAUUACUGAAAUAAGCCACGUUUUCAGUGGAAUAGUAAUUUAUUUAGAUGCACCAGUGUGUUUACACAGCCUAACCCCUCCACUCUGCGCGCUGUACCGUAUUAGCAGGAGCUGAUUUGUGUACAGGCACGUGUGUGGCCUGUCUCUGAGGUCCAGUGCUGGAGCAGAGCAGGUGGUUAGUGGGAGACAAAUCUCAGAACCAACUCUUACCUCAUGUCCUUCAUCUCUGAGGUGAUCCCCCCCAACGUCACAGACACGCACCCCGAUGUAGAAAAUCUGUCCUUUAACACAGCAUACUGUACAGUUUAAUGGUUCAGAAUAGCCACUUUUGUUGAGGUCAGACAUUAUGUAGAUGGAGAGGAUCAGGUUAGGAAAAUAAAUGAGAGAAAAAGAGAUGUUAUGGUGGACGAACCUGUGGAAGAAUGAGUGAGGAAGCCAAAGGCAUGUGUAAUGUGUGUCUGCAAGUGUGUGUGGGUGUGUGUGGGUGUGAGAGAGAGAGGAUUUGGGUGCCUGUUCAUACUUCUUUUUUUUUUUUUUUAAAGCAAUGUAAUCAAAGCCAGAUGAGGCGCCCUGCCACUGCUGAGCAGCGGUGGGGGUAGAGCGGGCGUCCAGUUUACCCAAUCAUCCGUGUGACUAGCGGCUGACGCUACUGCUCCACGCUGGCUCACUUUGUGCUGGACGUGUGAAGAAAAGGCGAACUCGGAAGUGCGAACUGAACCGGAUCAGAAUAAGGGACUGCUUUGGAGGGACAGUGCCACAAACUGUGGAGACAGGCCCGGCCAGAGGUUCGGCCCAAAGGGACAAAGAAGGUUAAAGUGCAUUUAACCGUGGGGACGCUGGAGACUGUUUUCCUAACCGGACGGCGCCGGUGAGGCACCGAGUGACUGCAUGAGAAUCGAAGCGAAGAAUGUGAGAAUCUGCAGAGAGGACUGUGGAGCAAAGCAGCUGGGGGAACGGAUCCCCAUCAUCCUGACGGCGAUCACCUUUCCUUUUUUUGCAUUUGCUUUAUCUGAAGCUAAUUGACAAUGAUAAAUGAAAUGACAACCUAUGUAACUGAGUUUUAUACCAGAGCAAAUAAGUGCUUUAUGGGUUAUCUGUGAAUUUGAGUUUAAUGAUCAUGACAAGCACUUUUUGUGAUGUUUUCCCCUCACUGUUACCUGAGUUUACAUUUUUUUUAUUAUUAUUAUUAUUCACUUCUGUACAGCGUAUGGUCAUCAUAACGGAAACGCGUCGAAUUAAUUUUGGGACGUUUCAGUCGUAGAUGCUGAGCCGACAUUGACGUGAGAUCCAUUUUUGUUUUGUGUAGGAGUAGAAGCUGCAAGUAUCUGUCUCCCUGUAGAGCUUAAAGCGCCAGGCUUUACUUUUCUCUGCUUCACCAGACGCUUUCCCUUAAACUGACCAUACUCUCUGCACACGCACAGCUUCCACUGUAUUACCCGUUUUGUGUCGCUCACCUGAGUUCAGUCGAGCAAAGGCGUUCGACCCGAGGAAGUGUUAGUUUAUUCUUUGAACCAAUGUGACUCUGUGCCACCUGUCGGGUUUCAUUCACUGUUUACCAAGAGCGGCUAUGACGGCUUGACCUUCACCUGACUCCGUGUGUCUCUGUCUGCCUGUGUCGCGGCCGCGGCGAGCGCUGUGACCUCUCCUCUGAGUGAUGCGCUGUCUGGUGUGAAGACUGAGAACCAAUAAACACUCUGCCCUGUU